AUUAGCUUUUGGCUAGCUGUGAUUGGCUGCAGGGGUCAGCGUUAAUCUAAGGAAGAUGGCGGCGAACGUAGUGAGAAACAUCGGGUCAAAUCUGAGCAGGAACGUGAGGGAGAUCAGGAUUCACCUGUGCCAGAAGUCUGCGGGCAGCCGGGGGGUCAGGGAUUUCAUUGAGCAGAACUAUGUUACACUGAAAAAGGCUAAUCCAGAAUUCCCUAUACUGAUCCGAGAAUGUUCUGAAGUCCAACCCAAACUUUGGGCAAGAUAUGAUUUUGGGAAGGAAGUGAGCAUCCCCCUUCAUAAUCAAUCAUCUGACCAAGUAGCCAAAGCCCUGGAGUCUGUGGUAAACAGCAAGCCAUGACAUUAAAGUACUGGACACAUCAGUAGGAAAUAUGAGGGUGUCAGCCUUGGUGGGAACUAAGGCAAAAGUGAAAAUCAUCACCUAUGGGACUGUGCUUCAUUUAAGAGAAAUCCAGUCAUCUUUGCAUUUGAACAUAAGUUUAUUAUAAAAAUAUAAACCAUUAUUAUUGUGACCUAAAUAAAGUAUGAAAAAUG